GACGCCACCCAGCGGCCAGAAGACAGCCCACGGAAAACCCGGCUCUACGAGUCAGGCGCCGCGGAGCACUCUGGGAUUUGUAGUCUGGGUGCACUAAUAGAAGAUUCUGCCAACGGGGCUGUUGGGUGUUGUAGUCCGACGUUUACUGGGUGGGAAUUGCCCUCCUCGGCUGGACCACGAGUCCCAUGGUGCCUCGCGACAGGCCGCGCAGGCGCGAGCUCUGAGCUCUUCACCCUGACCUAUGGGGCUCUGGUCACCCAGCUGUGCAAGGACUAUGAAAAUGAUGAAGAUGUGAAUAAACAGCUGGACAAAAUGGGCUAUAACAUUGGAGUCCGACUGAUUGAAGAUUUCUUGGCAAGGUCAAAUGUCGGGAGGUGCCAUGACUUUCGGGAAACUGCAGAUGUCAUUGCCAAGGUGGCAUUCAAGAUGUACUUGGGCAUCACGCCAAGUAUCACCAAUUGGAGCCCCGCUGGUGACGAGUUCUCCCUCAUUUUGGAAAAUAACCCUUUGGUGGACUUUGUGGAGCUUCCUGAUAACCACUCAUCCCUUAUUUAUUCCAAUCUCUUGUGUGGGGUGUUGCGGGGAGCCUUGGAGAUGGUUCAGAUGGCUGUGGAGGCCAAGUUUGUCCAGGACACCCUGAAAGGAGAUGGUGUGACAGAAAUCCGGAUGAGGUUCAUCAGGCGAAUUGAGGACAAUCUCCCAGCUGGAGAGGAGUGACUGUCUCCGGGACUUGAGGGUAGCCAUCAGGAGCACUUGGUGGCAUCAGAAAGCCCCAGUGUUCCCUCUGCCCUCUAGAACUCAGUGACUCUUUAACAUGGAUGUUAUCUAUUCUUCUAGCCUUGUUUCCAUUCUCCAUGCUAAUAAAGAGCAGACUGUGAUACAGUCCAUUCACCCCAUAAGUGUGCACAUUCAGGAGGGAAAUUCUUCACUCCCUUUCCCUUCAGAGGGGCUGGAUGUAGUCCUUCUUGGCUGGACUCGAAAGAGUUCAACCAUUUUACAUUCCUGUUUGAAUUUUCCAAAGCAAAACUCACUUUGACCCCAUUAAGAAGCAAGCCUAGCCCAACUAUUCCUGGACCUUCAAAAAGCCAUUGGUAAAUGGCAACAGGGAAUCCAGGGUUGUGGGACGUGGGAGGAGAGGCUGGAGGAGGGACUUGCUAGCUGUAGUGUGACACACUCUAAUGCCUGCCAGGGAAGGGGCCAGUCGUGCCGGGAAACACUUCUGGGAAGCCACCCAGGUCUCUCAUUCCUCCCAGCUGUUUGGAGGCAACAUCUCCUCUUUUUACAGAGGGUCCAUCCUUUUUUCUUACAAAUUCUUCAAUAAAGACACAUUCUUGAGUGAAAUCCCAA